CUUGAUUGGGCGUGGUCAGACAAAGGAAGGGUGGGGGCGAAGUGCGCCCACACGGACGUCUAUUUGCGUGCUCGCUUUUGCCCUUUUUCUUCCCUCUCGACAGGAGAAGCACCAGCCUUAGCGUGAGAGCGGAGUGAUAUGCCGCGUGGCGGAAUGGAUGACCAUUGGCCUUCUGAUGACCAGGGACAUGACCCAAAGGAACCUGAACAGCUAAGAAAGCUGUUUAUUGGUGGCCUGAGCUUUGAGACAACAGAUGACAGCUUGAGGGAGCAUUUUGAACAAUGGGGAAAGCUCACAGACUGUGUUGUUAUGAGAGAUCCACAGACAAAGCGUUCCAGGGGCUUUGGGUUUGUUACUUACUCAUGUGUAGAGGAAGUAGAUGCUUCUAUGUCUGCUAGACCGCACAAAGUUGAUGGCCGUGUUGUUGAACCUAAAAGGGCAGUUUCCAGAGAAGAUUCUGCAAGACCUGGUGCACAUCUAACAGUAAAGAAGAUAUUUGUGGGUGGAAUUAAAGAAGAUACAGAAGAAUACCACUUGCGUGACUACUUUGAAAGUUAUGGCAAGAUUGAAACUAUUGAAGUUAUGGAAGACCGUCAAAGUGGGAAGAAAAGAGGCUUUGCAUUUGUUACUUUCGAUGAUCAUGAUACAGUUGACAAAAUCGUUGUUCAGAAAUAUCACACAAUCAAUGGGCAUAACUGUGAAGUAAAGAAAGCUCUUUCCAAACAAGAGAUGCAAACAGCCAGUGCACAAAGAGGUCGUGGAGGAGGAGGAAGUAAUUUCAUGGGCCGCGGCGGAAACUAUGGUGGAGGUGAUGGUGGAAACUUUGGCCGUGGAGGUGGCGGUGGAUUUGGUAACAGAGGUGGCUAUGGAGGAGGUGGAGGCCGAGGGGGAGGAGGCUAUGGAGGUGGUGGUGAUGGCUACAAUGGAUUUGGUGGAGAUGGGGGUAAUUAUGGAGGUGGACCUGGCUAUGGCGGCAGAGGUUAUGGAGGUAGUCCAGGCUAUGGAAACCAAGGUGGUGGAUAUGGUGGCGGCGGAGGAGGAUAUGAUGGCUACAACGAAAGCGGAAACUUUGGCGGUGGAAAUUAUAAUGACUUUGGAAACUAUGGAGGACAGCAACAAUCAAAUUAUGGCCCUAUGAAAGGUGGCAGCUUCAGUGGAAGGAGCUCUGGUGGCAGUGGUCCCUAUGGUGGCGGAUAUGGAUCCGGUGGAGGAGGUGGUGGUGGUGGAAGUUAUGGGGGCAGAAGAUUUUAAGGCUCCCAACAGAAAAGGCUACAGUUCUUAGCAAGAGAGCGAGGAGUUGUCAGGAAAGCUGCAGGUUACUUUGAGACAGUCGUCCAUGCAUUAGAGGAACUGUAAAAUCUACCACAGGAGCAGCGAUGAUCCAUAGGCAGAAAAGUUACUGCAGCUUAAACAGGAGGCAUUUCUUGUUCAGGACUGUCAUAGCCUCAGUUUGCUAAAAGUGCAGCUGAUAAUUAAUGCAAUGUAGUGAUGAUUUAGAUGUACAUUCCUGAGGUCGUAUUUUUUUUUUUUUUUCUAGUUGGUCUCCCAUAUUCCCUCCAUUACAUCAGGUAUAACUGCCCUGUAAAUUGUGUUAGUGGUACUAGGAAUAAAUAAGGACUUUUUAACUUUUAAACUUGUGUAGUUCAGAGUUCUCAAUUGUCAGGGCACAAAGCAUUGCUCUGCAAAAUAAACAUCCUUUUUUUUUUUUUUAUUCCUAAAUAAAUAGUGUCAGACUUUCUUAUGUAUCCCUGCUGUUGGGAGAAAUCAAACUGCAAUUCAAAGUUAUGUAAUGCCAGUGUUCAAACAGGCUUUUGUUAAUGGUAAUAUAAGCUGUUGCAAAGAUACAAACAGUUUAACCUUACCUUUGCCUACUGCUGAAUAGUAAUAUACUUAAUGGGAAUCGCAUAUCAAAACAGGAAUAUGGGAGCCUUAAUUUCAAUCAUUUUAGGAGACUUUUGUGGGUAUCUACCACCACAAACUGACGCUGGUAGAGUAAAUCAAUUGCCAGUGAGAUUAUAUUGGCUAAGACAAGACAUUGUUCCAAGGGAUAUUUAUUUUGUAUUUAGAAAGUCAUUUUGUGACCUUUUGACAUGCUAGUUUGAUAGGUUAAAAUCUGCAAGCCAGCUAAUAUGAGACUUUAGUGAGCUCUAUAUGAAUGUUGUACACCUCAUUCAAUCCAUUCAAAUUCCAUUUGAUUUAAUAAACUAGAUUGAAUCCGUAAGCUUGCUUGAUUCCUCUAAGAGCUCCAUUGUUUGACUUUGUGAAUGACCUUUUACUAUUUAAAGUAAAAAAAGUCACACUGGAAAGCCCUUCUUGGCAUUCCAGAUAUUUAUUCCUUUCCUGUAACGGCUGAAAUCACUGCUCAAAACCAUUGUCGUGUCUGGCAUAGUUUGCAAAUCCCACUACAUUAGUACAAGCGGAGAUGUUGAAUAGCCAUAAAUUCGACGUAAAGAUAAGUGUAACAUCACAUACUCCUGUUGUGUUAUUUGACUGGAAAGUCUUGUUUCUGAAGCUAAAAGGGAGUUUACAGAAAUAUUUGUAAGCAUUGGCUAUUUCCGCGUCAAUUAUAUGAACUAAACUAGAUGUAGAAAUGUCAGCAUAGGGGUUUGGUGGAAUGUUUCCCCCUUUAAUAGUAAUUGUUGUUUUACCUGACUUUGUAAGGGCGUUGGGUAAAAUACUCUGAAUCUGUACCCUGUUAACAUUGAAUUGAAAGCACUCCGUGUAGCUAUUGAGUAAAAACAUGCCUGUUGGAAUUUCCAUGCAAUAACUGCUGGAGAUUUUCUGUUUAACAGAUUUAGAGCAUUUUUGCACCAUGCGUUUAGGUGCAAACAUAGCUGUUAUAAAGCAAUCCUGAAUUGGGUACUGGUAUAAAUUUUCUUCUUUUGCUCAGGCCUAGUGCCCCGUAGCAACCAAAAAGAUGUCUGACCAGUAAACACUGCCUAUAUUCAGUAAUGGCCCUGUAGCAAUUUUUUCUUAAACCAGCUAAUAGUGCACUUUGUUUUAGAAUUGUGCAUACCAUUAAAUUCUGUUGCGGUUUGGCAACCUCUCAUUUACGUGUUAUUGUAUGUGGCUCUGUGGCCCUUUUUCAUGAGUAUCAAAUGGUUUUUUUGAGAAUCCAGUGGAAAUAACAUACUUUAAGCAAUUUUAAAAGAUUAAUGUAGUUUCUAUUAGACUUUAAAUGGUUGUUUAACUUUAAGUUAAAGUGAUAUUGACACUAAAAACUGUUUUAAAAUUUACCUAUAGGUCAUGUUUCUUGCUGAUAUUUGUUUUUGUAAAUAAUUGUUAGUUGAAGUUUCUAAACCUGACUGUUUUGCCAACCUGACUGUGCCAUCUCAGCCUGUCAGAGUUUCUAAUACUAACGGACUCCUGCUGCAUAAAUAUGGCAGCGCCCUCAUAGGGAAUCAGAUAGGUAAUGUAAAAGCUUUGGGCAAAUACAUUAUGGCAAAAUUAUAAGUAGCAUGGAAGGCCAAUAUUUAUAUUGGAUGUAAAAAAAAAAUAUACAUUCUGGUGUCAGUAUCUCUUUAAAGCUGUUGGUGUUCUAGAAUGGCCUGUUUUAAACAUUUCCUACAUUUUUUUUUUUAUAUAGUUUUUGAAAUGAUACACCUGCCUCUUUCCAGCUUUUGAAUAGGGUUACUUUUUAUUAUCUUUCCAUUCUAGCCUCUCCUAUUCAGUCUUUUGUUCAAACCACUAAUUGGUUACUAGGGUAAAUCGGGACCUAGCAACCAGAUGACUGUUGGAAUUCCAAACUGGAUAGAAAUUUCAAAUGUAAUUGAAAACUAUCUGCUGUGCUGGUGGCUCUGAAGUUAUUUGAGUAUAUAUAUAGCUCCCCUGACUGAUUGCAAUAUUAAAUUAAGACCCUUGUUUGAAGAAUGCUACACCAUAGUCCAUACUAUUUGCCUGCUACUAAAAAUAAAUAUAGCUUCUGUAGCUCAUAUAAUCUUGAUAAAUACUGCCUUUUUUUGUUUGUUCUCCUGACCACCACCCGUGAAGGUUUGACUAUCCGUUUAGCAUAAACCUGUAGAUUCUUUGAGGGAUGUUAUCGCCAGUCAUCUUAUGGGAACCAUACUCCCUGCUAUGCUCAAUGCUUAUCUGAUGGACCACAGCCGUGCACUUCUCACCUAAAUCUAUGAAAAAUGGCUGUACUAUUCCUUUACAUAAAUGCUAAAGGUGACUGCAGUUAUAACGGCACUUCUCAUUUACGGUAUAUCAAAAGGAAGACAUGCUUGACAAUGGGGUUUACCCCGAAACGUUGCCCCAUCGCAAAAUAAACUCAGCAAGGGUUUGUAAUCUCAGAUUAUACAUAUUAUUAACGUCGUUGGUUGUACUGCUCUUCUAUAUCUCUGGUUUUUAAAGUGGGCCUCGGUCUACUUUUCCAGGUCUUUGUAUGUGGUAGCUGACCCCUCAGAAUAUUUGGUGUAACAUUUAAAUUUGUGUGAAAUAAGGAAAGUUCACACCAUAGUCAAAUGAUUUGUUACAAGUAAAUCUGCUGGUUGAUAUAACAGGCAAAAAUAAGCCUUGAUCCGGAGCCAUCAAAACAAACUGGUUAUUUGUCCUCCGCGUUCCCUUUGCUAUGGUUUGUGACUUUUAAAUAGGCUGCAAGCCUCUGAACCAAGAGCAUCUUCUGGCUGGAAAAAAGUUUGCCCGCAGUAAUGUUUCAAAUCAGGAAUUGCAAUAAAUGUUGUAUUUUGCAAGUUACUGGUCAGUAUGUGGCUUGUUGGAUCACAUGAAUACCAAUAUUGCAUGUAUUUAUAAAGACUUCUAUAAACAUCUGGGUUAUAGGGUUUAUGGAUGAAGUUUGUGUACAGCUCAAUGUUAAUGAUUAAGAAACUUGAGAUCUAACCUUUUAUAGAAAAGUGGAUUUAAAUGAGACUUCUCUAGCACAGGACUUCUGCAGCCUUUACUGUAUGGACCCAGUCAGCUUUAAUAAUGGAGUAACAAAGCAGCAACCGCUUCGGGUUCCUGAGAAGUGAAAGCAGCAUUUACUUUGCUGAUAGUGAGCAGCUUUCUCAAGGCUAGUUACAGCUGAAAUAAAGAAGACAGUCUAGCAAGAGUGCAACAUCUUUUGGAGUCUACUAGAAUGAUAGCUACUAAAGGUGUGACCAAAAGCCAAUAGGUCUAGCACAGAGACCUAUAAGCAAGGGCCCUAAGUAUAGGUGGUAACAGUGAUAUGAAGAGUCUUCAAGAAAAUCCUUGAGUCUUCAUGAAAAUCCUUCAACUGGAUUUCCCAUGGAAAGGCACUUGCAUAGAUGCAUAACUUCCUCUGGGUUUUCUGUCUAAGAAAUUGGAUCAACACCAGUGUGGCUGAGUAUGACAAAAUUGAUUGAAUAGUGGGCACCCACCCUGCACAUGAUCUCUUUACCCUCUUGCCGUCCGGUAAAAGAUACUGCAGUUUUCGAGCGCUGACUUCCAGGAUGCGAAGCAGUCUAUUUCCACAAGCCAUCAGGUAUCUCAACACCCAAGGACUGAACUGAAUAUAUUCAUAAGGAACUGAAAUGUCCACUUUGCCCAGCAUGACCUUGUACUAGAGUUGUUGUAUAGCACCGGGGGCUUCUGGAGGAACGCCAUUUCGUUUCUAUGUACUGUAUUUACUGUAUAUGGCUGAAAUGACAAAAUUGACUUGACUUGACUUGAACUAAGGGAUAUCGCAUGUGGCCCUGACUAUAAGGGCUGCUCAUCAUUCCACUCAGAAUCCUAUUCCAGAUUAGCUGCCAAUCAUCCAACUUUACUAGGUUUCACUUCUAGCUUCUGUGAGGGCAGCACACAAAGAAACCUAUUUUGUACUGUAAUUUUUUUUUUUUUGUUGCUAGGAUCAGGUUAUUCUUCAUUACAAACUGGAAUGUAACUUAAGGUGAGGCCCAGAGGGAAAUCUGUGGAUUCUAGCAAAUGCCAGAGGGCUGCUUGAAGAUGCCGACAGUAAUUAUUGGUCGUGUGGGUUGAGCUGCAUCUCUUGAGAGGUCCUUGUGGUUAAAUCAAAUCUAAUAAAGUGUCAAACUACAUAAAUGUUUGUGUAAAACUUAAUUCUGUAAAUACAGACGUUGUUGUGUACAAGGUGUAUUCUGAACUACCAAGUUGAUUUGAUUCAAUAAACUUUCUUGGAAAUGUG